UUGGACAGAGCAGGGGAGGGGGGGGAUAACACUUGACAAACAGCGCACAGAGGAGAGGAGGGACAGUACCUCGCGCGUUGGACGUCCCCUCCUCUCUCGUGUCUGCUGUCACGGCAGAUUGGACUCGGAAGAGAGGACGGACACGGCGGCCACCCCAGACCCCAUGGGGUAACAGCAGAUGUGUGGAGGAAAGACUUUUGUUCAGCUACACAGAUGAACAACAGGAAGGAGGACAUGGAGAUCUCAUCUCACUACCGUCAGCUCCUCAGAGAGCUCAAUGAGCAGAGGCAACACGGGAUCCUCUGUGACGUCUGUGUCAUCGUGGAUGGAAAGAUCUUCAAGGCCCAUAAGAAUGUUCUUCUGGGCUCCUCACGCUACUUCAAGACUCUUUACUGCCAGGUUAAAAAGGGGGCAGAGCCUCACCAUCAAACUACUGUCACUCAUCUGGACAUUGUUACAGCAACCGGUUUCAAAGCUAUUUUGGACUUCAUGUACUCUGCACAUCUCGCCCUCACUAGUAAGAACGUGAUCGAGGUCAUGUCAGCUGCCAGCUACCUACAGAUGACGGACAUCGUCCAGGCCUGCCACAGCUUCAUCAAGGCUGCGCUGGACAUCAGCAUCCGCUCUGAGAUGGCCGACGAGCUGGCCGACUUUGAAAUGGGCGCUGUUGCCGCAGGCUUGGGAGGAGGUGGAGGAGUUGGUGGGGGUGGAGGAGCAGUGGGUAUAGUGGGAGCAGGAGCUGUUCCAGGAGCUGGUUUAGGAGGAGGAGGUGGGAUAGUGGGUAUAGCCUCUGAAGCCUUGGCCUCCAUCAUUUCAGGUCGUAGCACAUCCCCCUGGCUGGCACGUCGAACUAGCCCAGCCAACUCCUCUGGAGACUCAGCCAUCGCCAGCUGCCAUGAAGGAGGCAGCACCUAUGGAAAGGAGGACCAAGAACCCCCAAAGAGUCACGAGAGCCAGGAGGAAGCCUGCCAUGACUCCCAGCCUGCCUGGCCACAUGACUACAAACCCAUCAAUGUCAAAGAAGAACAGGUUUCCCCUGCCUCCUCUUCUCAUCCAAGGGACACUCUAAAGGGGGCAACCCACAACCAAGGAGAACAAGGAGGAGGAGCCAGUGGAGGAGCUGGAGAUGGACCUUGGCAACCUCUGUCAGGGUCAGGGCGACGGAAGAACAGGAAGAACAAGGACACAGUCAGACAUAUUACCCAACAGGCGGAGAGGACAUGGGAUCGGCAACGGGACAGGGAGCGAGACAGGGACAGUAGACCUGGAUCUCCUCUGCCCUCCAUGUUGGCUGUCACUGGAUGGAACUACAAUGGGCAGGACCUCCCAGGGGCCGACGUGACCGAACCCAACAGCUCAGACAGCCGCAGCGAACGCCUCGACUUCUUCCUCAAACAGGAAGAAGCUCUAACCACAGAGCCCAGCUUCCUGGGCACCAACGAAUCGGAGGAGGCCGGCGGAGGGGCGGGGGGUGGAGGGAUGUCGUCCGUGGCCAACCUGAAGGCAGCACUGAUGAGUAAGAACAGCCUGCUGUCUCUGCGGGCUGAGAUGAUGGGAGAUGAUAACCCCUUACUGUACGAGUACCUGCCCAAAGGAGGUCACUCCCUGUCUUUGAAUGACUUCACGGUGAUCCGUAAAAAGUUCAAGUGCCCCUACUGCAGUUUUUCUGCUAUGCACCAGUGCAUCCUUAAGAGGCACAUGCGCUCCCACACCGGUGAGAGGCCAUACCCAUGUGAAAUCUGUGGCAAGAAGUUCACCAGACGGGAGCACAUGAAGAGGCACACGCUGGUCCACAGCAAAGACAAGAAGUACGUGUGUAAAGUGUGCAGCCGGGUCUUCAUGUCUGCAGCCAGUGUUGGAAUCAAGCAUGGCUCCCGUCGUCAUGGCGUCUGCACAGACUGCUCAGGCCGGGGCAUGGCGGCGCUGCUCGACCACAACGGGGAGGCGGGCGGGGACAUCUCUCCUGAGGAGGAGUUGUAUCCCGGGGACCGCUUUCACGACGACCAGGCGGAGUGCGAUGGUGAUGGCGAAGGGGAGGAAGAGAUGAUGGUGGAGGGGGACGGGGAGAUCCUUGGGGAAGGGGAGGAGGACGGGGGGAAGUGGAAGGACUCAGGAAUGGGCGCUGAGGUGCACAGAGCAUUGGACAAUGAGAAGGAGGAGAGUGACUCUUCGGCCCAGGAGGGGGAGCAGCAGAACGGGAGCGAGAAGGACUUUGCGUGGAUCUCGUAGAGGCUGCGGGGGCUCCUGUCAGUGGCUUCAACGAUCGAUCUCUGAAGAUCUUCAGUGAUCUCUCAGGCAGAGUCCUCUGCUCUCUUUACCUAUUCGUCCUCCUGUGGGCAGGCCUUCCUCUGAAUGGAGAUGCUGUAGGAUGUUGCACGACAAUGAUCAUUACGAGUAACUCUCAAACACACAGACACACUAUUCUCAAGCUUGACUGCCAUAG